CGAGCUCACUAAACAAGUUCAAUGCAUACCUUGUUCUCUAUUUCGCCAUUACUGAGAUCAACAGUUUUCUCCUUUCUUUCGCUUCGACAAAUAUGCGCUUAUUAACAACCCUCCUACCCUGUCUUGGAGUCAUAACAACGGUUAUCGGAACUGACGGACAGGCUGUCGUGGCUCAAGGUCUCAAUGAACACCAAAAGAUUUUGUAUACAAAUGACUGGGCAGAUCGAAUAUGGAAACAAAUACAGAGUGUGUCGUCUUGUUCGGGAUGUCAGGCAAGUCGCAGCUGGUCAUCAAUGUGAUUAUAAAGAGCUAAAGAUGACGAUGCAGGGCCUUUUAUUGACUUUCAAGAGCCUUGCGAAUCUGGGUGAUCGACACUUUAUCACCACACUACAGGAUGUAUGCAAAAAGUCAAAGGUAGCAAGCCUAAUACGCUCUUAUGAGAUACAAAACUCGAUUUAACAAAUUCAAGGUCCAAGAUGCAGAUGUUUGUGAUGGAACCAUUGAGCUUCAAGGGCCUAUUAUAGCCGAGGCGUUGAGAAACGUUGCCAUCCGCUCAAAGACUUCGCAGCAUUUUUGCGUAACAUUUCUAGGUCUCUGCCACUAUCCUACUAUAGACGAAUGGGAAGUCCCUGUGCCUCCUGAUCACUUGCGCCGAAAGCGUCCAGUCUCGAGUGGAAGAGACCCUAUCAGAGUUGUUCACUAUUCCGAUAUACAUGUUGACCAGCUCUACACUGAAGGGUCGAAUUCAGAGUGUAACAAGCCCAUAUGCUGCAGACCUUUCACAGAAAAUGACGAGCCCGGGAGAGCGGUAUCCCCAGCAGGACCAUAUGGAGAACAUACUUGUGACUCUCCUGCUUCUCUUGAGCAUAGCAUGUAUGAAGCAAUCAGAAAGUUGGUACCCGACGCCGCUUUCACGAUUUUUACCGGAGACAUUAUCGAUCAUUCAAUCUGGAACACAUCUUGGGACUAUAAUGAGCACCAAAUUAUUCGGUCAUAUGAGCAUAUGGAUAGACAUCUCGGUAUAGUCUACGGAACAGCUGGCAACCACGAGUCCCAUCCCACCAACGCCUACCAGCCUAGUUCCGUCGGUGACGCAUCCUCAUGGAUCUACGACCUUCUCGCAGGGUCCUGGUCUCGUUGGAUUGGACAUGAAUCAGCCUCUACGGCAGCAAGAAUCGGCUCUUAUUCAACCAAAUAUCCCCAUGGUAACCUGCGAGUCAUCUCUCUCAACACAAAUCUAUUCUACCGGGGAAACUUCUGGCUUUUUCAGAGGAAGAUGCUGCGCGAUCCCAGCGGUCAGAUCGAUUGGCUUGUUGAAGAACUCCACGCUGCUGAGAAAGCUGGAGAGCGUGUCUAUAUUAUUGGGCAUAUGCCGCUGGGGGACCGGAAUGCCUUCCACGAUCAGUCGAAUUAUCUGAACCAGGUAGUGAACCGAUACUCAGCAACCAUCGCAGCCAUGUUCUUUGGUCACACCCACAGAGAUCACUUUCAGAUUACAUACAAUGAUGCUUCAGGCAAGACUUUUAACAAUGCUCUAAUAACAUCGUAUGUCGGUCCCUCGCUCACUCCCAUGUCGGGAAUGCCCUCUUUUCGUGUCUACGAUGUUGAUCCUGUGACCUUCGCCGUUCUCGAUGCAACUACCUACAGCGCCGACAUGACGUCUCCUACAUACCAGACCCAAGGCCCCGUGUGGGAAAAGUAUUACUCCGCAAAGGAGACAUAUGGCCCACUCACAAACCCUCCCCUAAUCGACGAUACGGCGGAGCUCACUGCCUCAUUCUGGCACAACGUCACCGAGGUCUUCGAGAAAAAUCAGACGGCUUUUGACGAAUACAUGUUACGUCUCAGUAGAGGCUGGGUACAGCCAGAAUGCACCGGCGAAUGUCGGUCGGCGCAGAUCUGUAUGCUACGAGCGGCACGGAGCCAGGAUGGCUGUGACGUAUCAACACUUGGUUCCUCAUACCAUGCAAGGAUGCAAAAUGUUGCAGAAAGGGACGAGUGUGGCAUCUCGGUCUUGCAAGCAACUUUUUCAGCCUUGGUGGCCAAAGAGGGUGUUUUGAAAAUUCUGCAAGAGAUUUUGGUAGGCCUGAAUGUGAAGCUGCAUGGAUGACCAAAUAUGUCUAUCGUGGCAAGAAUGGUACUCAAGGCCCUUUUCUCAAUCCUUCAGGAUGCGGUCUAGAUAUCACAGAUACGAUACAGGAUAAAGCAGUAUAUUUCUAGACUUACGUGUGGUCUAUACCCGCGGACGAAUACCGCAACUGGCAUUGCCACUUGAUUAGAGCUUUACCAAAGGACCUAUAAGUUUUCUCUCGUUAUACUCCAUCACCGCCAGAUCAUGGAGUCUUUCU